AUGCCUUCUCGAACUAACGGCGUCGGCGUUCAGGCCGAAGAUACCAGGAUCUGUGUGGUCAUGGUAGGUCUCCCGGCCAGAGGCAAGAGUUAUAUCGCCCAACGAGCCCAGCGAUAUCUUCAAUGGCUCUCCAUCCCAGCCCAAACUUUCAACGUCGGCAACUAUCGUCGCAAUGACGCUCCCCAGCCCAAGGCCGACUUUUUCGAUAUCAAUAAUCCUGAAGGAGAGCGCACCCGCCGCGCUGCCGCCGAAGCUGCCGUGGCCGACAUGCUAGCCUGGUUCCGCUCCGGAGGUAUUGUUGGUAUACUUGAUGCUACAAACUCAACUUUGGAGCGUCGCAAGUGGGUUCUGGAGGUUUGCAACGAAAAUGGCAUCGAGGUUCUUUUCGUUGAGAGCAAAUGCGAUGAUGAGGAGCUCAUCAUGGCCAAUAUUCGCGAUGUUAAGACCACUAGCCCAGAUUACCGCGGCCAGGACCCUGAGACUGCCGCUCUUGAUUUCCGCAACCGUAUUCGCAACUACGAGAAAGUGUACUGCACGAUUGACGCCGAGGGCAAGGAGUCGCAUCUGACUUACCUUAAGAUCAUGGAUGUUGGCAAGCAAGUCAUCAUCAGUCGAAUUCGGGACUAUCUUCAGAGUCGAAUUGUUUACUACCUUAUGAACCUCCACAUCCGCCCUCGCUCUGUCUGGCUUUCAAGACAUGGAGAGUCAUUGUACAACAUCGAUGGAAGAAUUGGUGGUGACACUCUUCUUUCUCCUCGUGGCGAGCAAUAUGCUAGAAAGCUCCCCGAGCUUGUCCGGAAAUCAGUUGGUGAUGACCGUCCACUAACAGUCUGGACCUCUACUUUGAGACGAACCAUUGCCACUGCUCGCUUCCUUCCUGACCACUACAACCAGCUUCAGUGGAAGGCUCUUGACGAGCUUGAUUCUGGUGUAUGUGACGGCUUGACCUACCAGGAGAUCAAGGAUCGAUACCCUGAGGACUUUGCCGCACGUGACGAAGACAAGUACAACUACCGCUACCGUGGAGGAGAGUCAUAUCGCGACGUUGUCAUCCGUCUCGAGCCCAUUAUCAUGGAACUGGAACGCAGCGAGGACAUUCUGAUUGUCACUCACCAGGCCGUACUUCGAUGCAUCUAUGCAUACUUCAUGAAAAAGGACCAGUCUAAGAGCCCCUGGAUGAAUGUCCCUCUCCACACACUGAUCAAAUUAACGCCCGGCGCCUAUGGCACUGAGGAAGUCCGUUACGAAGCCAACAUCCCUGCCGUCAGUACAUGGAGAGGAAAAGGAAGUACCGCUAAGCAUGAGAAUCCGGCUCCUGGUGUCAUGUAA